CCCCGAGUCCAACAGUGUGUUGAAUGGGGUUUCCCACCAUCACCACCCACACGAGCGGUUCUCGAUUUGCAUGCACACACGCACCACACACACACACACGCACAUAUAGAUACAAUCACUAUAUAUAUACGGAGAGAGAUAGAGGAGAGAGGGAGGGGUACAAGAUUUGGAUGGUUGCGGAGGCUUCGAGUUUUUAUGUGUGUCUAGUUUGCUACUGGUCUCAAAGAGAAAAUAUUUCUGUGUGAGUUUUCAUGUUUCUUUCUUCAUCUUCAACCUCACUGUGGUUUGUUUUCUGCGUUUGUUUGUUUUUCUCUUCUCUCUCUCUCCCAUCGUUUUGUCGUACCAUUUCUCAUUUUCUCGCAGCCCCAGGAAACAUUUCUCUCUCUAUCUCAAUUUCUCCCAUCUCCGCAUUCUUAACUUCUCCUUUCACAUCCAAGUACCAAUUUUUCUAGGGUUUUCAGUCUCACACACACAAAAAAUGAAUCUACAGAACCUGAUAAACAGUUGCGGCAGUACAAGGAAAGCACCAAGCUCGAUGCAGGAUUUGACGUUUCUACCCCCGCACCUCCCUAGUGCUCCAUCAAUGGAGCAGAAGAUCAACCUCAGAAAUCCAUGGCAAAUCGACGAAGCGAAGAAGCUGAAAAGCGAAGGUCACGAAUUCGAAGAAAUCGGGAGAAAAUCGAAGCUUUGCGCGAGAGGCCAUUGGAGGCCACACGAGGACGCUAGGCUGAAAGAGCUGGUCGCUCAAUUCGGCCCCCAAAACUGGAAUCUCAUCGCUGAGAAACUCGAGGGUAGAUCAGGGAAAAGUUGCAGAUUGAGAUGGUUCAACCAGUUGGAUCCUCGAAUCAACCGAAGGGCUUUCAGCGAGGAGGAAGAGGAGAGGCUGCUGGCAGCGCACACAAUGUAUGGGAACAAAUGGGCGAUGAUUGCAAGAUUGUUUCCUGGCAGAACAGACAACGCAGUGAAGAACCAUUGGCAUGUGAUCAUGGCCAGGAAACACAGGGAACACAACAGUGUUUACAGAAGGAGGAAGCCCUCUUUCCCAAAUCUGCAAAUCCCUAAUGCAUGCAGUGAUCAGUCCACUGUUGACGAAUCAGCUGCCUCCACCUGCACCGAUCUCUCCCUCACCCCUUCCUCUGCAAAACACCCUCAUUUCCUCACAAGGUUCAGCCCUGUCCACCACAUGCUCAAUCUUCAAAAUGGGGUGAAUCAGAUAUGUGCGAAUGUGGAUCAUCAAUCGGAUUCCAACUCUGAAGUUUCUGCAUCUGAAUCAGUAGCCAACAAUAGGGCCAAUCUCUAUGGUUGUGGGGAAGAUGAGAAAGGGAAAUUUGAGAAGGGAAACAUGGCAUUCAUUGAUUUCCUUGGAGUGGGGGCCACUUGAAGAGAGGGAGACAGAGAGAGGGGCUGUUUUUCUUUUUCUUUUUUCGUUUUUUGGGGGGCUAAAUUUAUUAUUUCUUUUUUUGGAGGGCUAGUUAGGAUCCUAGUUUUUAUUGCAGACAGAGUGCAUUGAAAAUUAGCAGGGGAGAAAAGGAGCAAAAACUAAUGAAACAAGAGUGGUCAUGUCAUGGGAGUCUACUUAGACCUGGAAAACUGCUAAAAAAUGUGGAGAAAUUAUUGCACCUCUGUUUAGUUGCAAGGCAAAAUAGAGAAAGCAACAAAAAAAAAAAAUGAAGUGGGAUUUGCAGCAGGUAAAAAAAGAUGAGGUCCGUUCAGUCUCUGUACGUAUUGUAAAUCCCAUAAAUGGUAAAAAAAGGGAAGAAUUUUUACUGCAGUAAAGUCAUUGUAUGAGCCACUGUUUUUCUGAUCUGCAAAACUUCUUGUUUGUGAGGCUAAAUACAAAAUGUGUUGUUAGAGCUGCAA